GUAGAAAACUUUUAUCCUACGGUCAAACCCUCUUCCUUACGGUCCUCUCCGUGAACCCUAAACCCUAGCCGCUCCUCCCUCUCCGAAUCACCGAAGCACCUCUCUCGCUGCGAACGCGCUUCCCUCGCCGGAGCUACGGGACCUACGUGAGCUCUCCUGCGGCGUGCGACUCUCUCGCCGUGAUCAGUCCACCAAACUCGCCAGAUCUCUCUUGUAGCGAGCUUUCUCUCGACUAGGGUUUCGCCUCCCUUUCUGCUGGAGACACGCGACAGAAUCCAGCCUCUCCAAUCUCUUACAAAAUCAUUCCUGUAGCUUGCGUAUUAGGGUUCCGAUUCCCACAGGAUCCAGUGACAGGAGAUGGCAAUGAUGUGGCGGAGGAAGCAGACCCCUUUCGACGAAGGGUGGAAGUUUGUUGAGGAAGGCAUCACCAAACUGAAAAUGAUCUUGAAGGAAGGGCUCUCCCUCCCCGAGUCACCUAUCACAUCCACGGAAUUCAUUUUACUCCACACAUCAAUCUACAAUAUGUGUAGCCAAUGGAAUGAUUAUAAUCAGGAGGAGCUAUUAUAUAAUAAAUACACGGAAGUGUUCGAGGAGUACACGACUUCAGUGGUAUUACCAUCUUUAGAGGAGAAAUACAAUGAGUUCAUGCUAAGGGAACUAACUAAACAAUGGUUAAAUCAUAAAUAUAUGACCAAAUGGCUUUCACAUAUUUUUGGUUACCUUAGUCGUUUCUUCAUCAAGCAGAGAUCCCUUCCAUCACUUAAUGAAAUUGCGCUUUCAUGUUUCCGAAACCAGGUUUACCAGGUAAUUAAAGGAAAAGUUAAAGAUGCUGUCAUUUCUUUGAUUGAUCAAGAGCGUGAGGGUGAACAAAUUGAUAGGGCUUUAUUGAAGAAUGUUAUUGACAUUUUUGUUGAAAUUGGAUCGGAGAAGAUGGAUUAUUAUGAAAAUGACUUUGAAGUGGAAAUGCUUAAAGAUACAAAAACCUAUUACUCUAGGAAGGCUUCAAAUUUGAUUCAGGUUGAAUCAUGCUCAAAUUACAUGUUAAAGGUUGAGGAAUUCUUUAAGAGGGAGAAGGAUAGGGUUGCUCAUUACUUGCAUGCUUCUAGUGAACUGAAACUGUUAGAGAAAGUGCAAGAUGAGGUAUUAGUUGUUCAUUCAAGACAACUUUUGGAAAAGGAAGAUUCUAUUUGCUAUUUCUUACUUCAAGAGGACAGGGUGGAUGAUCUCUCACGAAUGUAUAGGCUUUUUAGCAAGAUACCGAAUGGCCUGGAUCUUAUCUCUAAAAUAUAUCAGAAGCAUGUGAUUGCUGAGGGUACAACGUUAGUCAAGCAAGUAGGUGCUGCUGCAAGCAACAAGAUUAUUUUUGGCAAGAAAAUUAUUGAACUGCAUGACAGGUACAUGGCUUUUGUGAAUGAUUGUUUCCAAAAUCAGCGUCUUUUCUGUAAGGCACUUGAGAAGGCUUUUGAGACUUUCUGCAAUGUGAGCUCAACUAUUGAGUUACUGGCUAUCUAUUGUGAUGAUAUUCUUAAGAAGAAUGGAAAUGAAAAACUAAACGAUGAUGAAAUUGAGGAGACACUUGAAAAAGUUACGAAAUUACUUUUUUAUAUCAAUGACAAAGUUCUGUUUGCGGAGUAUUGUAGGAGAAAGCUUGCUUGGAGGUUGCUAUCUGAUAAAGGGGCUAACGAAGAACACGAAAAAAGUUUUUUAUCAAAACUAAAAAGGCAAAAUGGUGCAUUUUUUACUUCAAAGAUGGACAGAAUGGUAAAAGAUCAAACCCUCAGUAGACAAAUUCAAGCUGAAUUUGAGGAAUAUCUUCAAACUUAUCCACAGGCAAAUCCCGGGUUAGAUCUAACAGUUACUAUUUUGACAAGUGCAUCAUGGCCACAUUAUAGAUCAUCCCAUCUCAAAGUUCCUUCUGAAAUGGUUAGAUGUAUACAAGUUUUCGAAGGGUUCUAUCAGCCGGAAAAGACUCGUAGGAAACUUUCAUGGAUAUAUUCUUUGGGGACGUGCACCAUGAAUGUCAUCUUCGACGAUAAACCCGUAGAGCUUUUUAUGACAACAUAUCAAGCUGCAGUUUUGCUGCUUUUUAAGGACUCAGAGAGAUUAAACUGCACUGAUAUAAUAUCUCAGCUCAACUUAACUAAGGAUGAGGUAGUCAGAUUGCUUCGCUCCCUUUCUUGCUCGAGUUGUAAAAUUCUGAAUAAAGAGCCAAACUCGAACUCCAUUUCCUCAGAAGACGUCUUUGAGUUCAAUUCAAAGUUCAUUGACCGAAGAAAAAGGAUCAAUAUCUGUCUUCCACCUCCGGCGGAUGAGAAGAAAAUAUUCGAACACGUGGACAGGGAUAGAAUAUAUGCUAUUGAUGCCUCCCUUGUUCGUAUUAUGAAAUUCCGAGAAGUGCUGCAUUACCGACGUUUAAUUGCUGAGUGUGUCCAACAGCUUAGUUCAAUAUUCAAGCCCAACUCUAGUCUAAUAAAAAGGCGGAUAGAAGAUUUGAUGCAAAGAGGAUAUCUAGAGAGAGACUCAAAGGAUCCUAAUUUUUUCAAAUACUUACCUGAAUGAUCGAGUUCUUUGUUGAGACUUCAGCCACCUCCAAUCAUCCUGCUGCUGUAUAGGUUUGGGAUUGGUAUUUGGUUAACUCAUCUAGGCCUAUCUUAAUAUUUUUCAUCUAUGCUAUAUUACCUCUCUAUGUGUGGUAUUUGGUAACAAUUCAACACUCUAGCCCAUAAAGUUUGAUAAGUCUUAUUUAUUAUAAACUUUUUUUUAGCCUAAGGAGAAUGUAAUGAUUGCAUAAGAAACCCAAAAAUAAAAUUGCAAAUUGAUAUUAUUGUGAGAGACACCUAGUACAUGUACGUACAUGAUUUGAUAUAAAAUCGUAAACCUAAUACAUCCAAUUGGGAUUGAAUCAUUGAACCCACAACUUCGUCCAGUAAAUCUUAAUGCCUCUAACUGGAGCUUUCUGCCUUUUUAUAGAGAAAAUAUUCAUCCCUAGGAUAUUGAAUUUUAUAUAUGAUAGUUUUCUUUAUUUAAUUUCUCAAAAGUUCCUAUAGCAGGGAUGUUUAUGGUGAGGUAAUUGGGUGAGAGACUCACCCAUUUGAUCUCGGUAUGAACUUAGAAUCUCGCAUAGAUUCCUAUAAUUUAGGCCAUGCUUCAAGUUUAGAUGGAGCUCCAUUAUGCUGCAAAUGUGGGUGACAAGCCGACAAGCCAUUAAAUUUCUGUAGUAAGGUUCCUCCUAAGUUUGGAAAGGAAAAUAUUAUAUUACAUUCAUAAAAGAUAGUCAUUACAAGAUAUAGGACUCAACUUUGAAUCUUAACCCUAAAACAUCAUGCGGGGAACUAAACUCAUAUUCGUAGAAAUUAUUGAUGGAGCUCCAUUAUGCUGCAAAUGUGGGUGACAAGCUGACAACCCAUUAAUUUCUGUAGUAAGGUUCCUGUUAAGCUUGGAAAGAAUAUUAUAUUACAUUCAUAAAAGAUAGUCAUUACAAGGUAUAGGACUCAACUAUGACUCUUAACCCUAAAACACCAUACGGGGAACUAAACUCACAUGAUUCGUAGAAAUUAUUGAUGGAGCACACAUGAAGUUGGAGCUCAAACCAGCAUGUCAACUGAGAGAAAAGAUUAAAAAAAGUAAAAUGAAGAUGAAGAACAAGUUAGGCUCCAGGAAAAUAAUUAGCUAUACUUUGUUAAAGCAAUUUGUACCUCAGAAUUCUUUGGGUUGUUCAUUGCGUUAAGGCUGUAAACUGUAAACUUGAGGUGCCUGGUUUGUCACAAGAAACUCAACACCCUUAAAGUCCGCUUCAUUUGUAUGCAGCAUGACAUUCUUUAACGUCUCUUGAAGUUACAAUUGUAUCGUUUGCUCUCUCAAGAUUUCAGUUAAAAUUGUACUUUGAACUCUUGUGCUGAAGUGUUACUAUUUUAAGUCAUCUCUCGGUAUCCAAUAUGCACAUGUAACUUGCAUAAAUGUUCAGUUGAUAGCAGAGAUAUCCAAUUGACCAAUAUGUAUUGAAUAUAUGAUGAUUUGGGAAGGUGGAAGGAAUGAAACAACUCAAAAGUUUCUAGAGAUAUACAUACACAUGUUGUGGGUGCACUUGGUGAUCAAUAUUUAGGUGUUAGAUACUAAUAAUGUGCAUUUUAGCUGUUUUUCCAAAAGAAUUAUUUAGAAAUGUUUUGUCUGCUUGUGCAAAUCUGAUGGCUUCACUGAGGCAAUAGACUUGUUUUCAAUCUUUCACUUCUGACAAUUUUUUCUGUGUUGUGCCAAUCCAGGUACAUAAUAAGAUCAUUGAGGACUUGUUUCAAGCACAUCCUAUCAGUAAAAGAAAGCUUAAGGAGCUCCUAGGACACAUCCCAUCGGCCCAUCCCAAGUUUUUGCUGGUGCUGUAUUAGGCAUUUUAGUUGCUCUCUUUUGUUGUCAGGAUUACAGUCUGGCUGUUUA